AUGAAAUUCUCCAAGAUAAGAUGGUUCUCGCCUGACGACUCCCCAGCGGAACGACGUCUCCUCUUCAAACUCGAUCUCCUCAUCGUUCCUUAUGCUUUUCUCGCUUACUGGACCAAAUAUAUUGACCAGGCAAAUAUUAACAAUGCCUACGUCUCUGGAAUGGAACAAUCCCUUAACCUCAAAGGGAAUGACCUCGUCAACCUUCAAACUAUCUACACCGUUGGCGCUGUCCUAGGUCAACUCCCAUUUGCUUACCUGUUCACCAAAUACCCCAUCUCGUGGCUCAUCCCCGGGAUGGAUCUGCUCUGGGGGGUCUUUACUUUGCUGCAAUACCGGGCUACUUCGUAUGAGGAAAUGAUGGCAUAUCGAUUCUUGGUGGGAUGGUUCGAGGCUGCAUUCUUCCCAGGGAUGCAUUACAUAUUCGGCUCAUGGUACCAAAGCCACGAAAUCGCCCGACGCGGAGGCUUCUUCUACCUCGGCCUGACGCUGGGCACCCUAACAGCAAGCUUCAUCCAAGCCGGCGCAUCCGCGCAAUUAGACGGAGUAAACGGCCUAGCCGGUUGGCGGUGGAUGUACAUCAUUUGCGCGGUGAUCACCAUCCCCGUCGGCAUCCUGGGAUUCAUAGUCCUCCCCGGAACGCCAGACAAACCGAACCGAAUUGUGCUAAGCAAAUCCGACAUCCAACUCGUGAGGACUCGACUCCAAAAAGCCGGACACGGGGUCCAAGAAUCCAACGUCUCAUGGAGAACUUGUGUACGGGUGCUACGGAACUGGAAGUUCUGGGCAUUGUUGUUGGUGGACAUUUUCUUUUGGAACGCGUGCGUGCAAACCAACACGGGUGGGUACCUUCUCUGGUUGAAGAGUCUGAAUCGGUACUCGACUAGCAAGGUGAAUGAGCUAUUUGCGAUCGCGCCCGGGCUGGGGAUGUUUUACACCCUGCUUGUGUGCUUCGCGUCGGAUUUGGUCCUGGGUCCGGCGUGGGCUAUUACGCUUGCGCAUGUGUGGAAUAUCAUUGGCUUGGUGAUUCAGGUUAUCUGGGAUGUGCCGGAGUCGGCGCUGUGGUUCGCUUUCUCGACGAUGUAUUCGUCUGUGGCCAUGUCCAGUGUGCUAAUGGGCUGGAUCAACAGCGAGAUACGGCAUUCGCCUGACGAGCGGGCAGUUAUCUUGAUUGUGUUAAACACUAUUGCACAGUCUACGACGGCGUGGACGCCGUUAUUGGUUUUCAAGACGGUCGAGGGGCCGAGGUUCACGAAGGGGUAUUCGUUUGUGCUUGCCUGUGCGAUCUGCUUGAUUGCGUCGUCGCACAUUACGAAGUACUUCAUUUCAAAAGAGGAUCGCGCGAUAUCAGCUACGGAUGAGGACUCGAGGGCCUCUCGAGACGAGCCAGAGUCUGGAUCUGCUGUCGUGCAGGUUACACGACCUAAGACUGACUACAGAUACACUGAUGAGGAAGGGAUGGACGCCAAGUGA